AUAAUUAGUAUAUAUUUUACAUCAUUUUCCAGUUUAUAAACACUUAUUGAAAAGUUAUUGAAGAAAUGAUAAAGCUUGAAUUUCUUUCAAUAACUUCAAUUCCUUUCACAUGAAUUUGACAGUUAUGUUUUUUAAGAAUUACAGUUAUAAACUACGAAUUGUUUAAUUUUUGUCUUUUGACAGAUAUUAUAAUUGUAUAAAUAAAAAAGAACCCACCAUCUUUUGUACCGGAACAAUGAUAUGGCUGUAUGGACAAAGCAUUGAAAGUCAGCCUCACGUAGAGGGUUGUAGACGGAAUGAACACGCAGUCGAAAAAAUAAAUUUCAAAGAGGCUCUAAGAUCAAAAAUGUCUAAAGGGUCGAAACCACAAACUGUAUAUCAGGAACUAGCUUCAAAGUAUCCGACUGCAGCUACUGAAGUAACUCUGAAAUCAAUUGAAAGAAGUAUGUAUAAUUGGAAAGGAGCAGAACCAGUAAUGCCAAAACUUACAAAAGGAAUUGUACAGUUUCAUGAUAUGCUGGAAAAAAAGGAAUGGAAUGAACGCUUAAAGUAUCCUGGUGGUGAACUGACAUGAAAAUUGAUUGCUAGUGGCAGUGAAUAUUCAUUGCUGAUGUGGAACGAAAAAUUUGCCGAACAAUUUAUUAAUUGCGAGCAAAUAUUUAUGGAUGCAACAUAUUCUAGAUUUCCACUAAUAGCUCCAAAGAAAAAUCUGCGAACUCAUAGUUUGCUCACAAUUCAUGUUUUAUACGAAAAUAAUGCAUUCCCGAUUGCUUGGGUGUUUAUGCAUGGGCGAACGGAAGCAGUUUAUCGUUCUAUUUUCAAAGAAGUAUUUAAAAAAUUUGAAAACUAUGAUAAAAUAGUAAUGUGUGAUUUCGAACAAGCCAUGAGGAACGCUGUCAAGGAUGUACUCCCAAAAGCCGUCCUUAAAGGAUGCUAUUUUCACCAUGUACAGGCGAUCCAAAAAACAACUAAGGACUCAGGUUUGUGGAAACAAAUUAAAGAUGAUUCGGUAGCACGAGAUCACUUAAGAUUAUUGAUGGCAGUGGCGACCUUACCUGCAAAUAAGAUGAGGGAAGGAUUCGAAUUAGUGGAGUGUUCAUUACCACAAAAGUAUGCCAAAAAAUUUGAAAAAAUAUUCGAUUAUUAUGACAAAAACUGGCUGAUUAAGCGAGAUCCGGAAGAAGUUUCAGUGUGGAAGUUACGACAAAAUACUAACAACUACUGUGAAUCAUACCAUGCAUGGUUAGCUUCUCACUUGCAGAGACGACCUAAGCCAUGGAAAUUGAUAGUUUUGUUGCUAGAAAAAAUGGCCGAAUCAGAAAGAAAGCUAAAAUCCAUUGAAACCGGAAUUGACCCUAGUCGGAGAAAUAAGAAAAACUUAUUUUCCAAAAGUCUCAUGAGUGAAGCUGCCGAAAAAUUUGAGCAGGAAGCCAUUUCAAUGAAAUUCUACCUGAAACAAAUGAGUAUGGAAUUGCAAAAACGAAAAAAUAAUUUUGAGGCACCUAGUGAUGAUGAAUCAUCCACAGAGAGCGAGAGUAGUGACCAGGAAAAUGAAGAUGAAAAUCCGACGAUAAAGAGAAAAUCAUCAGAAAAAAUUAAAAGCGGUAUCCCAAAGACAAUAAAAAUACUUUCGGAUGAAGUCAUCGCUAAAACCGUAAAGCCUAAUGCAGAAGAUGGAUUAGAUGUGGCAAUCCAAGACAAAAUUAAAAAAUUCAAAAUGAUUUCUAUUCCACGGAAUAAACUUAUUAUUUGCAAGCAAGACAAACAAAAAUUGACAUAGAAAAAAUAGAAAAAAUUUUAAGACAAACAUUUUGUUACUAAGAAACUUAACUUUUACUGGCUGACUAAACCAUAUUGUUUCUACUAAUGACAACGAUGUCAUUCCAAAUAUCAUUAGACUUCCAGAUUCUAUUAUAUAUUAACUUGUCUAUUGAGUUUCUUUCAAAUUACUUCAAUUAAUAAAAAGAUUAUGCAUGAUAUAUUUUUAUAGUUAAC